AUGACGUUGCCAAAUGCUAGGGAUUUUUCACAUUUGUAUUCUGAAGAGACGAAGGCUCGUAAGCCAUCUCCAUUGAAGACAUGUAUCCACCUGUUCCAUGAUCCAAACAUCAUCUUCUUGGGUGGUGGGUUGCCAAUGAGCGAUUUCUUCCCCUGGGACAAUUUGCAGGCGAAUGCUGCGUUACCACCGUUCACCAAUGGUAUAGGAUCGGCUCUGACCGGAUCGAAAGACGACAGCUUAAGUCUCGCUGUCAAGAAGAACGAAGCAUCCGAGGGCGAUAUCCCGCUGGCUAGAGCCUUGCAAUACGGUUUCAGCGCCGGUCAGCCGGAAUUGAUCAAGUUCUUGAAGGAACAUACCGAGAUUAUUCACGACUUGAAAUAUGCCAACUGGAACGUGAUCGCCACCACUGGUAACACCAACGCGUGGGAAUCGACUCUGAGGGUUUUCUGUAACCGUGGCGAUGUCAUUUUGACCGAGGCUCACUCGUUCUCUUCGUCUCUGUCGUCUGCGGAGGCUCAGGGUGUCGCUUGUUUCCCGGUGCCAAUCGAUAACGACGGUAUUAUCCCAGAGAAGCUGGAGGAGAUCUUGGACAACUGGACUCCAGAGGCACCAAAGCCCAAGUUGCUCUACACGAUUCCGACCGGUCAGAACCCUACUGGUACGUCUUUGGCCGAUGCCAGAAAGGUAGAAAUCUACCGCAUAGCCCAGAAGCACGACUUUUUGAUUGUGGAGGAUGAGCCAUACUACUUCCUGCAGAUGGAGCCAUAUGUUGCAGACGUCAAAGCCAGAGAGGAGUCGCAAUCGGGCGCCAAGAAAUCUCACGAGGAGUUCUUGAAAUCCUUGGCAAAGACCUUUCUAAGCGUUGACACCGAGGGUCGUGUUAUCAGACUGGAUUCUUUCUCCAAAGUUUUGGCUCCAGGUACUAGACUGGGUUGGAUCACUGGUGCAGCACCUUUGCUGCAGCGUUACGUUGAGCUACAUGAAAUGACUAUUCAAGCUCCAGCUGGUUUCACACAGACGUUGGUCGCUGCUACUUUGAACCGUUGGGGUCAAGAAGGUUAUAUUGACUGGUUGAUUGGCUUGCGUCACGAAUACACUUUGAAGCGUGACUGUGCUCUCGACGGUCUUCACAAAUAUUUGCCAAAAUCGGAUGCAUUCAAGGUGAACCCGCCCAUUGCCGGUAUGUUCUUCACCGUUGCUAUCGAUGCCAGUGCCCACCCAGCCUUCGCAACUAAAUUCAACUCUGAUCCAUCCCUAGUUGAGAAGGCGAUUUACGACAAAGUCAUCGCUAGGCAGGUAUUAGUCGUACCAGGUAGUUGGUUCAAGGCAGAUGGCGAAACUGUCCCACCUCAACCUCAAAGCUCGAAAAGUGCUGGCAACCCAAAUGAGAUUUUCUUCAGAGGUACAUACGCUGCUGUCGCUCCAGAAAAGCUACUUGAAGGUUUGAAAAGAUUGGGACAGGCGCUAGGCGAGGAGUUCGGUAUUACCAGCGCUUAG